AUGUUUAAGCCACUCGUCAUCGUCUCCUCGCUCCUGGCGGUCUUCGGACAGUCUGUCAGCGCAUACUCUAACCCUGGAGCUUGCACUGGUGCUUGCUGGGCUCACGACCCCAGCGUCAUCCAACGCUCCAGCGAUGGGCUUUAUUUCAAGUUCAACACCGGCAGCGGCAUGGAGAUCGUCACCUCGAGCUCCCUCUCGGGCCCAUGGACCAUCAAGGGCUCUGUCCUACCCGGUGGCACCAGCAUCACCACAGCCGGCCAGAAGACAGACAUGUGGGCCCCAGAUGUCCACAAAGUCGGCGAUAUAUACCAUCUCUACUACUCCGUCAGCACCUUCGGCAGCCAGAACUCGGCGAUCGGUCUUGCGACCAGCUCGACAAUGGACGCAGGAAGUUGGACCGACAAGGGCGCGAUCGGCGUCACCAGCUCCUCCUCCAAGCCCUACAACGCCAUCGACGCCAACCUGAUCCAGGUGGGAACCAGCUAUCUCCUCUCCUUCGGCAGUUUCUGGGGCGAUAUCUACCAAGUGGCUAUGAACUCCGCGGCUACCAAGACGGCUGGCACGGCCGCUUACCAGAUCGAGUACAACCCAUCUGGCAGCCACGCCUGCGAGGGUAGCUUCAUCUUCUACAAUGCCGGAUACUACUACCUCACGUGGAGUCAGGGAAUUUGCUGUGGAUAUGACACAAGCAAGCCUGCAGCGGGAGCAGAGUACAAGAUCAUGAUGUGCAGGAGCUCGAGCGCUACAGGCGGCUUUGUUGACAAGAAUGGCGCGGACUGCAAGAAUGGUGGGGGCAGCGUGUUGCUUGAGUCGCACGGAACUGUGUAUGGGCCUGGUGGACAGGGUGUCUUCACUGACUCGAGCCUGGGCCUUGUGCUUUACUAUCACUACGCCAAUACCAACGUUGGUCUCGGCGAUGGCGCAUACCUCUUUGGAUGGAACAAGCUCACCUGGAGCAACGGAUGGCCCGUCGUAUAACAGACUAUGUUUGUCUCGGGUGGGAGAGAUUCUCGUAUCAUAUUUUAAAUCGCUUCAUA